UGAAAAAAAGAUCUGUUCUUAUCAAACCUCAAAUCAAGUUUCUAUUUUCCUCUAGCUGUGCACACUAUAAAGCAUUUAAAAGGGGAGGCACACUCUAAUUGACUCAGACAUCUGCAACAGCUCAACAUUGAAACCUGCAAAUCAUCUUUAAAAACCAUGAGAACAACGUGUGGGUGUCUGGUCCUUGGACUGGUCCUGCUGGUGGCAUGGACUUCUGAGGCUCAACCUUAUGCACUAACAAUUCCACUAAAAUGCUGUUUCAACUUCAUCGACUUCCCAAUUCCAAUCAUCAAUGUUAAGCUUGCUGAGAAGACAAGCAGAAAUUGCCCCAUGGAAGCUGUUCUGGUAACAACACAGAGGGGUGAAUUUUGUGUGAAACCCAACGCGCGUUGGCUAAAGAAGAUUCCUGUCAUCUAAAAUGCAACACCUGAAUCAUAUUUUUUAUUUUUUUUUUGCUAAAUGCAA